AUGAUGCGUCACUUGAAGCUAGGCCAUUUGACCGGCCUACCGACUCAUCUCCCUCCUACAGUGCAGCCACUGUGGAUAAUCCUCAGCUGCAAGCACGAAUUGCAAGUAAAAUGCGAAGACGUUCUCCAGGAAUUUCAAAGAGACUUCGACGUCAACAGGAGGCAGAUGGUUGCUCUCCUUGAUGGCAUCAAACAAGAAGAACACCUGGAGAAGCAAAGCUGUCUAAGGGGUAUUGUUCAGUCUGCAUCAGCAUUCUUCCUCAAUCCCGCAGAGUUUUCAAUUGUCAAGUCUUCGGUAGAUCUCCAAUUCGGUGCAAUGUGGAUGUGGGACAAAGUUGCACGAAUCCUUCUCCAGAACCGAGUGCCUCCACCUUUAGAAGUGGGUGAUGCCGUCAAAGUGCUGGUUUCUGGUUCCACCAUUGCCCAACUUGGCGAGUACACGGUCGUGGGCGUACAAGGAGAAGAAUGCGUCGUGGAAAAGGAAGGGGAGAAGAUGAACCUCCCCUGUGACCGUCUGGUUCUCACAAUAAAAGAAAAAUACAGAAAUAUAGCUGAUAAGAUAUUGAGAAACGAGCUCCGGAACGUGAGUGAAGAGGAUCCUAAUCUUUUGGCAGAUAUGGAGGAGAUAUUUGAGUUGGCUGGAGUUGGGGAAGCCUUCCAACAAACUCUACGGACUGGAGACCCUCGUUAUCUGCUGACCGCAAUGAAAUCCUCGGAAACUUUUCAUUGUGAGCAACUGCCUGCCAUCAAGGCGAGCCCAAUUCAGAAGCCUGGAAAAGAACGGUAUAAACAAGAUCCAGCAGAGAUGAGCAGCAUUUACACUUCGGACUCCGCAGUGAAAGCUUACGAAAUACUUCAGCUAAUUCGAAGCUACACAGCCUUGGAAGGUUGCAGGCCACUAACCCACAAGAACCUAUACGGCACCGGCAGCGAACUUGUUUUGCGGGUCAUCGAGAAUGCAAGGUUUGAAGCUGUAGAGAUGCAAGGCGAAGAUACAUUGCAAUCGGUCCUUGAAAAUCAGUGCAGAUCUGCGGUGGCAUUCGUCUUUCCGGGGGCACUCAGGCCAUCUACUCUUGUCAUACCACACUGCGUGAACGUCUGGGAGAGGAUGAGGAGCGACUGGUCGCAACUGGGACAGUUGGCCCCUGGAUACUUGGGCGAAUGCGACGCACGUUGCAUGAGCGGCGUUGUGAGAAGAAACUACUGGUUUGACUGGAAAUAUGUCAAAAGAACAAAUGUUGCAAUGGAGUACAUCCUUGCUGGAGAUGUUGCUCGCCUAUCAACCUUUUCGGCUGCUGAUGCACUCCCUUACUUAGACCUACUGAGUGGCCAGACAUGGCGCCUAGCUCGCAUUGCCAGUUCAGCGGUAGUCCCCGGCGACCUUGGAGAAGAGGCUGAACAGCUGUCUUGCGUGGCGGACUUCCUAACGAAGGACGCCGUGGGGCCGAUACAAGGAACCGACAGGAUGGCGGGAUUUGGCUUAGCGCACCUCCCACUCUUGGCGCUGAGUGUGGCAACGGACCUCCGGUACCACGCAGGCAUCGUGGGAGCCAACCUGCAGAGCAGCAAAAAAAUGCGCAAACUGGCCAGAGGUUCCAAGGCUUUUUCUGCCUUCUUUAGGUUGCUUUCUUGUCGUGUUGCCGAUGACACUGAAGCUCUCCGCACAUUUUUUGGACCUUUUGCGUCACUGGCUAUUCGUAUAGCUUUAUUCCUACGAGUUGAAGUUGAAGAGCAUGCCAACAAAGGAUGGACAGAGGCUGUAGCCUUGUUCUCCGGCAGACUUUUUGAACAAAAACUGUAUGAAAAGGCUGUGCGGCAAUUUAUGGUAAACGCUAAAAAGUUCAUUGAGGAGUUUAUGGGAGGCUUUGGGUACCAAGCAGCAGGAACAGUCGGCAAGGUCACGAAGCGAAUCCGAAAUAUUUUCGGGAGAAAAUCGGGAGGCAAAGUUUCAGACAAAGCAGUGCAUCAUAAGACUGGCCAUGAGUUCGCCAAGCUUAUUCUCAUGAUGUGGGCUAACGGCAGCCAACACCAAACAAAUCCUACGCCCAGCAAAAUCGAGGAGGCGUUCCGCCGAGCCAGACAGUAUCAGACGCUUAUGAUCCUAAACCAUGGCGUGGACCCGAUAAGAGCUAUAACGAACGUCAUCAAGGCUGAUUGUAAAGACACCAGCGCCGUUGGGCGCAAAUUUUGGGCAUUACUUGACAGUGGAAGGGUAAAAAUACCCAAAAUCGCAGACAAAUUAGGGAUAGGCCUGCUUUACGGAUUCGCCACCGGUCUAGGAGUGAGCUUUUUACGGAUCGCACUCAAGAACGUGAAAACUCCAACAGCAGAUAUUACGGUAAGACUUUUCAAUUUUCUUAUUGAGAUCCGGGCAAUCCGUAAAGAGGGCGCAAAGGGUCUCUACAAAGCUUACCUCCGGUGGGUGGCAGAAGGCGAAACCUCGCAAGAAAUCCAUGCGUGGAACGAUAGCAUCGAUAUUUUCGAAUGCUCGUGGCACUCGUCACAAGAAGAGCAAAAUCACAUGUUAGCUGAGGCUGGAAAAAUAAACGAGCAAGAUGCCUCUAGUGAAAUUCCUGCCUCGCAUGGACUCCAAUCUUGUCGCGGUAAUCCACGAGCAAGCCCAAGGCCCAUCCCCCUGAACCUUGACCACUACAGUCACAGCAGCAAAACUAGGGUUGAGGCUGCGCUCUUUGCCAUUGCACUGUGCCAUACACUGUGUGUUACUGGAUUUGCAGCGAACUCCCAUGACGCACUGGAUUUGCAGCAGGCCCAGGUCAACGUCCUACCUGGAAAUGUGAUCUUUUCUACUCCGCUGUAG